UCGUUCUUCUAACUCUGAACAAGUCUCCUCCCAAUCGCUUACUCUGACCACUCCUCACUCUAUAACUACGAGCCCACAGAACGCCACUCCAGCACACACCCAUCAGCCUCCUCCAAGAUCCUCACUCUAGCUAGGCACAUACGUCGACAUGGGCAACAGCUUGCCGCUGCCAUGCGUGUGCCACGAUGCCAACAUGGUUGCCACCACCGCCGCCGCAGCCAAGAAGAGGAGGAGGAAGAAGCCAGCCUGCUGGAACGUCGUAAGGGCACCAGCGAGGCAUGUGGUUCCGGUGGUGGACAUGCCAGCGGAGGACGGCGAGGUGGCGGUGGUGGAGGAGGAGGGGGCCAAGGAGGUGUGGCCCGGGUGCCGCGUGGAGCCGGUCGGCCACGGAGAGGACGGCCGCCGGGUGCGGGUGAAGAUCGUGAUGAAGAGGAAGGAUGUGGCAGAGCUGGUGGCGAGGCUGGAGCAGCGGGGCGCCGCGGAGAGGAAGGCACGGAUGGACGAGCUCAACACCGACCUCGGCGGCGGCAGCGUCACGAUGAGCCCGUGCCGGGAUGCGUGGAGGCCGCGGCUCGCGAGCAUACCGGAGAACUAGUAGCGAGCCCUGCUCCCUUGCCGCCGAUCUGCAUGCACGGUUGGUCUUACAAUAGUCCACCAUGUAGCUGUACAUUUUUGUAGUAGUGUGCUACUGUUGUCCAGGGACACAACGUAAUUAGAAGGUACCGUAAAAUUUAUCUUCUUUUUAUAUACCUUUUCUCUUUGGUUUAUGAGAGUUGUGAAGUAGAUCUUCUUGGUCGAACGGAGCAUUCGAAGGGGUGGCAGCAAAACAAUAGAUCUUUCCUCUGGCUGGCUGGGCUCUGGUGUUAAUGAACAUGAUAUGCAUAUAUUCAUGUGUAAUCUUGCUGCUUGGAACACGCAUGUACACACU